UAGCAACCGAGGUAAAUCUCUCGUACUUGUUUGUAAACAUCGAUUUUUGGCAUAAAUGAUAGAAACUACGUAGAAAAGGUGUAGAAGAGGACCUUUUGUCAGGUUCUGAAAAUAAUAAUUUAGGUAUUUAAGUAAAAAAUUAAGAUGCCUCAUAUAAAACAACCCAAAGACAAGGAACCUCUGUGGAAAGACUGGGAUUAUUUGGCCCAGAAAAAAGGAGUUCGUCAUACCGUGUACUCAGUAAAUGGGGAUCAGUAUACCGGAGAAUGGCUUGACAAUAAAAAAGACGGAAAGGGCACAUAUAAGUGGAAGGAGAAUGGAGCUCUGUAUGAUGGAGAUUGGAAGAGAGGAAAAAGAAAUGGUUUUGGAACAUACAGCAUGCCUGAUGGAAAGGGUGGUUACAAGAAGGAAUAUUCUGGGGGCUGGAAAAAUGAUAUGAGACAUGGGUAUGGAACCCAGUUUUAUACAGAUGAGGAGUAUUAUGAGGGUGAAUGGUAUGCAGAUAAAAGAAGUGGUUGGGGAAGAAUGUAUUAUAGAGAUGGGACGAUAUAUGAGGGAGAGUGGUAUGAUGAUCAGAGAAACGGUCAAGGAAUGCUUAGAUUAACCAAUGAAAACCGAUAUGAAGGAUCAUGGCGAGAUGACAAGAAAAAUGGCCCUGGUAAAUUCUUUUAUCUUACAACUGGACAGAUAUAUGAAGGUGUCUGGAAUAAUGAUAUUGCUAAAUGUGGAGCAAUGAAAGACUUUAAUAGAGAUGAAGCACCACAGCCAACAAAAUACCCAAUUCCUGAUGUCAAAUUGUUCAAUUCUGAUGCAGUAUUACAAGAUGCAGAAGAGCAGUUCCUACACGAUCAUGAAUAGUGUUUCACUAGCUGUCUACAAGUGCAUUCUGUCAUAUACACACGAACAUCAAAUAUUAACUUUUUUAUAUAAAAAAAAAGUAAAUUAGUUGAAUCAAACCUUUAUUCUGAUUUUUUUUUAAAAUGAGAAUUUACUUAUUGUGAUAGCGAAAAAAUCUGAAUUUUUGAGCGUAUUUUGAAAUUAUUGAAAAUAUUGUAUUGGAAAGUGUGACGAAUGAAGCGUGUUUGAUAAAUUGUUGAUGUGCUUGUUGUUUUCUGAAUGUUUAUAUGGAUGUAUGCUUGGCUCAUAUUGGGUUUUUUUUAUUAUCAAUUUU